AAUUAAAAAAAGGUCUUCAACAUGACUACACUUAUGAAUAAUAAAAAUAUUGAUUUGGAGGAUAAAGACGUUUUACAUCAGUUUAUACAGUCAAGAAAUGUGGGAGAUGUGCUUCAAAAGGUCAAGCCUACGCAUCGUGAAUUAGUGGAUUUACCUUCGUCUUCCACCAUUGAACAAGCUUUUGAUUUACUUUUGGCUCAUGAUAUUUUAUCCAUUCCCAUCUAUCGUACAGACAAGAAUGGUCAAAGAGAAUACAUUACUAUCGUAAGUGCUUUAGAUUUGUUAAAGUUGCUAAGUACCAAGGUAUCACUCGAUACGUUACAAACAAACCGUGAUGUCCUCUUAAUGCCAUUGAGUGAUGCAGUAGGUAUGACAGAAACAAUGAGUGUACUCAAGUCCUCCGAUGGGCUGGAUAAACUAUUACAACUCUUUAGUUAUGAAAAGACACAUCGUGUAUUGAUUGAACAAGCCAAUGCCACCUUUGUCUUGUUAUCCCAAAUGGAUUUAAUCCGUUUCUUUCAAUCAUGCAAUCAUCAACUGGGUUCCUCCAUUUUGGAUUUAUCAGUUCAUGAUAUUAAAUCCACGGGAAUUCGUGCAACCUUGAAUUAUAAAUGUACAGCAGCCGAAGCCUUUUUAAAAUUGGCGGGUGAUAACACCAUCAGUGCUUUGCCUAUUCUGGACGAUAAUGAGGAUUUGAUUGGAGAGAUUAGUGCUAAAGACUUGCGUGGGUUAAACCGGGACCGAUGGGAAACACUUUCAAAACCGGUUGUGAUGUACUUGAAGACGUCUCAUGGAGAAUUGUUUCCGCCUUUAACUUGUCAUGAUGGAUUUACUCUGUCUCAAAUCAUGACGGCUUUUGUCAUCAGAAAGACUUAUCGUCUUUGGUGGAUGGAUCUGAAAACGGGCGAAUUAAAGGGUGUUAUCUCCUUAACUGAUAUUCUAUCUACUUUUGCAUCUCAUAUUUAAAUAAUAAAUCACACACACUUCAUCAUCAUCCAUCAUCAUUACUUAUCAUCCUGUUAAAAUAUAUCUUUGUUGUGUUGUGUAUUCA